AUGCAUAGCGAAGCAAACGAAAAAACGGUUGUUUUUGAGAUAUCAUUACCUGAUGACGAGGGCUGCCAUGAAUGCUCUUAUCUCGAGCUGUUUCAACAACACCUGGAAUCAAAUAAUAAUCAAAAAAAUGGGGAUAACCCUUUCGCAUCCAAUGAAGCUGCAGAAGAAAAAAAGCUUUCUGACCUAGCUAAGGCACUCGAGAGGAAAUAUGGGACUAUGGUUACUAUGAAGAAUAGUGGAAAGCACAAGCGAGUUCGUAUAGAUGAUUUCUUGGACCCAGGAGAUGGAUACGAUACACAAGAUUCAUUUAUCGAUGAUUCCGAAGCUAUUGAUGUAUUUGUGGCCCCGAACAUUUCUACUAAGUUUGGAGGAUAUUUUGUACAUCAAGGAACUGUUGAAGGACUUGAAGAUCAGAGUGCGAAAAUCGAGGCCCCUUGGAAUGCAAGGAUAUUGACAAAUACUAAUUCAUCUCAAAACGUUAUGAGGAAAAAAAAUAAAUCCAAAGAGCUUCUGGAUAAAGCCGUCAAACGCUUGUCAACUCCUAAUGCUUUUAAGCCUAAGUUGUUUCUAUCGGAACCCCGAAACCAAAUGCGCAAUUUAGACUCCCUAUUUGAUGAAGUUUUGUACACAUCGACAGCAUCUGAACAAGAUAGUAACGCAAAAGGCAUUGAGAGCUGUAAGGACCCAAAUGAUAGAAAUGACUCUUCUGUCAUCACUGCAAAGUCAUCAUGUGACAUGGGAAAACCAAAAGUUCUUCCUGAGAAUUUACCACCAGACAUAGUAGCAUGCCUUAACAACUUAACAGAGCUUAAUAAACAUGGAACAAAUCAACGUCGUACACUAGGAAAACCAUUUGAUACAGAACUACUAAAACUGGAUAUAAAGUUGAAAGAAUUGAUGAUAAAUCAGUCUGUGAGGUCAGAUGUAUUCAGCUACUUAGAAAGUCACUUACAAUUGAAACACAAAGCUGUAAUGCGUAGACUUAAAAGAUUGAAAGAAGAUAAACAAGAACAGAGAAUGAACCCGCUAUUGGAUGCUCUUGGUGAAGCUAUUUCAUCGUCUAUGCCUCCAAUUAUUGAAAGUUAUACAAGAGAUAAAGAGGUUCACUUGGAACGUAUCAAAGCUUGGCAAACGGAAAAUUUGCAAAGCGGUUCAGAUUUAAACGAUAAUCAAGGUGUUAAUGGCUCAAGCGACGGAAGCUUAUCGAAACGCCCUCCGAAACCCGGACCUCCUAAGAAAAUCUACCGAUGGAAUUCUGAAUGCAGGCAACUUUUCGAUAAAAUCAUCCUUUGCCGACUUGAAAGUUAUAAAUUGUUGAACAUCAAAGGUUCCGCUGAAGACUAUCUGAGACGCCUUUUCCCAACUUUAAUUCAACUUUGGCCUGAUGGUUGGAUUACUAAUGCUGCAUUAUGGCGUACUGGUUUACCAAUCUUCCAAAAAUUUUGCAGCGAUAAUGGUUUGAGCAACAGCACUUCAGCAUCUCAAUCGCUUGCACGACCUACGAACAACAAUAGCAACCAUAACAGUUCUACGCAUACAAAUAAUGGGAGAAGUCACAAUUCACCUUCUUCUGCAAAUACAACACCUCUUCCUGACUCUAAUGCUCUAUCACAACAAAAUUCACCUGUUGUCAUUGUACCCCAUAUUUCUUCGAAUAUUUCGGUUUCAACUGUCUCCAAAACAGUUCCCAAGGUACCCGAUCAUGUAGUAUCAAACAGUAGUCCACGUACAAGUUUAUCGGUUGUUUGCAGCCCUAAAUCUAGCCCUCAUUUAGUUCCUGUCACAAAACAUUGUCAAUCACUUCCUACAGCUCACUCACCCACACAACCAAUUAAUCGCCCCAAUUUCCGAAUUACCCCAUCUUCAGUUGCUCAAAGUUCAAUUCAUUCGAAAACUGUCAAUACUAAGACUCCAGUAACUGUUUGCGUGGAUACUGGAACUUCUCGCUUCUCGUAUGUCCUGCAAUCAACCACAGCAUCUAUAUCUCCAAAUUCAUUAGUAGUUCCUGUGUCAACUUCAACAUCUCAGAAUUCACAGUUAAAUCGAACACCUAUUUUACAGAAUGAAGCUGUUAUAGGUCGAACGGCUAACCCGGGUAUACCUCUGCGUCUUGUCUCAUCUAGUUCUUCUAAUCCUGUAGCCACUAUUUUAGUGUCCAAGGCGGUACAGCUUAACUCAGAACUGGGCAAAUCUACAGUGAUCAAUCCAGUAGCUAUGAAAAGACAAUCAUAUCCUCAGUGUCAAUCUUCACAGCAAGCUCCCACUGCUCAGCUAAAGCUCGUGAAUUUAUUAUGUAAACACUCAGAUGAAUCCAGUUUUAUUGAUCACUAA